AUGCAGGCCCACGCCACUGUCGCCCAUCCGUCGGUGGCGGUUUCGCUUCUAUUUGAUGUUGUUGUAUUCGCUGGAGGCACGGCACCGGGGCUUAGUCCGCUAUGUGACAAUGAGCCCAAGCCGAUGCUCUGCAUCUGCAACCGCCCUAUGAUAUGGUACUGCCUGUAUCCAUGGAUCGCCGCCGGCUGCCGUACCUUCUACCUCUGCGUCAACGAGGACUAUGCGGCACUGCAGAGCUACCUUUGCCGCGAGUUUCCCUCUGUUGCGUUUGUUUUUGUGCUGAUUCCCCUCACGCAGAACGAGACACCGUCCACCACCUGCGAUGUUGUCAAGGCGUACCUGAAACACAAGGACUCACUGAAGCCUGACAAAUUGGGCCAGCCACGUGAUGCCUUGUUGCUCAGCUGCGACACACUCCUCCCCGGCCUGAACGUCGAGCACUUUAUUCGCAACUUCUACUGCUCGGUUGCGGCUGUGUCAGUGCUGCUGUUCCGCCCACUGGCGAGCACGCGGACGGCGUCAUCGUUGGCGACGUCGCCGAUGAAUGGGCCGAAAAGCAGCAAGGGGCAGGGCGGCGCACCCUCUGUGAAGCCGUACACAUACCGCUACACCUGCACCGCUUAUGAGGAGGAGGGAACCGAAGAGACCGCGGACGGCGGUGAUGUACAGGGCUUAAAGUCCGGCGAGAGCGACAGUGCAGCGGGAAAUGGCACAAACGUGCAUCACCACCGCCUGCAUUUUAUUUGCCCAUACGAGGACAGUCCUGCGCCGCGUAUUAGCCUCGGCUUCACGGCUCGGCGCCCGAAUCUCACCUUCGCCGCUGACACGAUUGAUGCGCAUGCCUAUCUGGUGCGCCACUGGGUGAUGCACCACAUUGCGGAGUCAGCUGGUGAGGGAAUGACGCUGCAGCGAGAUUGCAUCCCGUUCCUUGCACGGAGUCAGCACAGCACAGUGAAUGCGGAGCUUGACGUCUUUUUGCGGCCGGACAGCAAGAUCAAAUUCUCCAUUCCGAAGCACUGGCUAUUUGAAGGGGACUCUUCUGUGCAAACCCUCAAUGCAUGCCCAGGUUCUGUGCUGCCUGCGGAGGCGGAUAAUCUUCUUGUGUGUUGUUCUAUUUACGAGGAGCGGGAGAACGAGGCUAUGCGUGUGUACCGUGUGCGAACGCGGGAGGAUUUUCUCGCUGUGAACCACGAGAUCUUAGCGGCUAAAAGCGAUCUUCUAGAACUGGGAGAGACAGCGGCGAACGUUCCUGGCACCCAACAUCAACACCCACAUCAACAGCAGCAACGUAAAUCAUCCGGAAAGAAGGGUAUGGAGGCUAUAGUAGGUCCAGUACUGCCACCUGCUGGGGCUCUUACUCUUAGCUACUUGCUCCCGGACUCCCCCUUUAAUUUGCAGGCGAAAAAGGGAUCUCAGCAGGUUCAGAUAAAGAGCAGCUUUCUACGCUCCGUGCCGACAGGGAGUUCUUUUAUCACUCGCAGCAUUAUUGGUAGCAACGUGACGCUGGGAGCGAAUGUGCGCAUUACGAAUAGCGUCAUUUUAGACAACGCGGAGAUUGGUGCGAAUGCAGUUAUCACAAACUCCAUUAUUGGCUCCUCUGCGAUGGUGAAUCCGGGGGUUCGGGUGGUGAGCAGCACGGUGGGCCCGCAGUGCCUUGUGGAGGCGGAUGUGACAGACUCGGUGGCCCGAACCUAG